CUUUAAGGUCAGCCGUGGCAAGAGUCCGCCCCAACGGCUGCGCGGGUCCGCGGGCGAAAAUAAACCAGCAAAUCCGAUCCCCCUCUCGCGGCUCCACCCCUUCUGUCAUCGCGGCGAGGAGGCAGAGCGCUUGCGCGGUCGGUGACCUUUUCACGUGCGGCCGCAGCGGGCAGUGUAGUGUGUGGGGAGCGGCGGGCGCGCCAUGGCAGGGCAGGCAUUUCGGAAAUUUCUUCCCCUCUUUGACCGUGUUCUGGUUGAAAGAUGUGUAGCUGAGACUGUAACAAAAGGAGGCAUCAUGCUUCCAGAAAAAUCUCAAGGAAAAGUGCUGCAAGCAACAGUUGUGGCAGUUGGAUCAGGAUCAAAGGCAAAGGAUUUUUACAACUGGCCUGAUGAAUCCUUUGAAGAAAUGGACAGCACGCUUGCUGUUCAACAGUAUAUCCAACAAAAUAUAAGAGCAGACUGUUCCAACAUUGACAAAAUUCUUGAACCUCCUGAAGGCCAGGAUGAAGGUGUGUGGAAAUAUGAACAUUUAAGACAAUUUUGUCUCGAGCUCAAUGGACUUGCUGUCAAGCUUCAGAGCGAGUGCCACCCAGACACCUGUACUCAGAUGACAGCAACUGAGCAAUGGAUUUUUCUUUGUGCUGCCCAUAAAACUCCCAAAGAGUGCCCUGCCAUAGACUACACCAGGCAUACACUUGAUGGGGCUGCAUGUCUUCUGAAUAGCAAUAAAUAUUUCCCCAGCAGGGUUAGCAUAAAGGAAUCUUCUGUAGCCAAAUUAGGAUCAGUGUGCCGUAGGAUUUACAGAAUAUUUUCACAUGCUUAUUUUCAUCAUCGUCAGAUAUUUGAUGAAUAUGAAAAUGAAACCUUCUUGUGUCACCGGUUCACUAAAUUUGUAAUGAAAUAUAAUCUGAUGUCCAAGGAUAACCUGAUUGUACCAAUUUUGGAAGAAGAAGUGCAGAAUUCAGUGUCUGGGGAAAGUGAGGCAUGAAGGGAAUUUGGUACAGAAAACUGUACUGAACACAUAAUUAACAUAAUUAUGUACUGUAUAUAUCAUUUUACACACUUCAAUCAUGUAUCCUUAUAGCUUUGUUUAGUAUACACUUUGUAUGCUGUGUUGUUGCCUUUUAAUAUGGAAAUUACUUUAAGUUAUUCAUGAGCUGUAUAUUCAUCAAUGUGGCACUCAUGGUUUUUAAAUAAAAGUAGCAUUAUCUGUUUAUAAUGCCUGUUAAUAAAAGAAUUUACAGUUCUGUAAAACUGCUGCUAAACAAUCAUUGGAUUACAAUUCUCAGAUAUCUGAUUUAAAAUGAGUGAAGUUUCAGACAAGCCAUUUUCUAAUGAAGUAGCAACAUUAGCUUUAUUUCUGAGUUUAAUACCUUAAAUUUAGAAUCCUGCAGGAAGCUUCGUGUAGUGUAGCUUAAUCCUAAUCUUGGCUCUGUCUUUUAAAGAAGAGCGCUCUUGCUUAAAAGAUUUACUUAUGCUUUUGGAUGUGCAUAUGUACUGCUAACAAUUCUGGUGUGUGUAUAUCCAAAUAUUAAACAUAACUACAGUGUUAGUAAUGUCAAAAGGAUAGAUUGACUAUGUUAUCAAAACUGUAAUCUUGCUACGUAGGAGAUGGUCAAGUAUUUUCUAGACUUGCCUUUCUGUAACAAUGGAGGCUUGUUGGCAUUGCUGAGGGGAUGUGUUCUGUCUGAUAGAAGAGCAGAAAUGUUUAUUUGCCUUUAUCUACAGCUUCUCAAAAGAAUAGAGUCUGAAUAUAACUUUUUUUCUUGCCUAUUGUAAAGCACAUAACGGUUUAUAUCUGGACACAUUUAUGGUUAUUGCUUACCGAUUAUACCUCAUGUUAAUACUAUUCAUAUUUACACUACAGAACAACAUAGUAUAAUCUUGCUUACAUUCCUAUCUAAAGUAUUUCAAAUGCUUGGAAAAUGGAACCCUACCUACAUUUGUUAUAGUUUGAUCAUAGUCUGUCUAAUCAUGAGACACUUUCCUUUCAUCCAUUCAUUUGGGUUAUACCUUUUCUGAGGUGAAAAAUCUGUGGUUGAAUUUCACCCCUUUCUCCAAUGCUUACUUUAAGCUAUUUGCAGAUUUGCAACAACUCAAGUUCCAUGAGUGCUGCUUAAUUGUGUUGAACUGUUCCAAAUUCAAUAGAAUUAAAUGUUUUAAAAAAAGCUAUUAUAGCAGACUUAUUGUGAAUAGUGUACAUGAAUGCAGUGUGAAAGCAUUGGCAGUUUUCUUAUUAAAUGGCUUUUGUUUAGAUGUUCAAAAUAGUUUUAAAGUACAUUUGCUUUCCUCAGAUGGUGUGUGGGCCCUGUUGAAACAUGUCAAGGUAGGCCUUAGUGGCUGCUGAGAUGCGAAAAAAACAAACAGCGCUUUACC